AGUUGGAGCUGGUGCACAGGAAGGAUGAGGAAGACCAGGCUCUGGGGGCUGCUGUGGAUGCUCUUUGUCUCAGAACUCCGAGCUGCAACUAAAUUAACUGAGGAAAAGUAUGAACUGAAAGAGGGGCAGACCCUGGAUGUGAAAUGUGACUGCACGCUAGAGGAGUUUGCCAGCAGCUAGAAAGCUUGGCAGAUAAUAAGGGACGGAGAGAUGCCCAAGACCCUGGCAUGCACAGAGAGGCCUUCAGAGAAUUCCCAUCCAGUCCAAGUGGGGAGGAUCAUACUAGAAGACUACCAUGAUCAUGGUUUACUGCGCGUCCGAAUGGUCAACCUUCAAGUGGAAGACUCUGGACUGUAUCAGUGUGUGAUCUACCAGCCUCCCAAGGAACCUCACAUGCUGUUCGAUUGCAUCCGCUUGGUGGUGACCAAGGGUUUUUCAGGGACCCCUGGCUCCAAUGAGAAUUCUACCCAGAAUGUGUAUAAGAUUCCUCCUACCACCACUAAGGCCUUGCGCCCACUCUAUACCAGCCCCAGAACUGUGACCCAAGCUCCACCCAAGUCAACUGCCGAUGUCUCAACUCCUGACUCUGAAAUCAACCUUACAAAUGUGACAAAUAUCAUCAGGUAUGGUUUUCAGGUCCCUGGGCCCCUGGUUUGGACACUGAGCCCUUUGUUUCCCAGUCUGUGUGCUGAGAGGAUGUGA